CUGCUACUUCUGCUCGUUCGUCAAUCGCUGCGGUAAUACAUCAUCCAAUAUGGCUGAAGAGGAGACAUUAGUAUCACGUCGGUCGAAGAGAAGCACGGCGGGAAACAGGAUGGAAGCAGCCCUGGCUGAGCUUGCCGUCGAGGAAAUUAACGAGGCUGAGGAAGACAUUGACUUCGUGAAUGACAAAGAUGAGGAGGAUAUCUUUGAAUCGGAUUUUGCGAGUACGGAUGAGGAGGCAGCUGCAGAAGAUGUUGAUACAGGUGAAAAGGCUGUCGAGGAUGAGGAAAAGAGAGCAAGGAGGAGCGCGCGUGUAAAGGUGGAGAAAGCUACCGCUGCCGCUCAUGCUCGCCAGAAGGUCACCUUUCACCCCCAAGCAGAGGCUCCAGCAGGGAAGAAACCUAACAAGGAGGCUCAGAAGCUCAAAAGACGCGUAUCUCUUGGUGUCGCCGUUAAUGCAGAGACAGGAGAAGUCAUUGAGGGUGGUACAAGACAGCGGCAAAGUCAGAGAUCACAUACAAUCAUGAAUACCUCGGCGACCGUCAAUAGAAUGAAGGAUGCAGAAGAGAAGCGGGCCACCAUUCCGAAGAAGGCACGAAUUGUCACCAAGGCACCAACGCAGGAUGAACUUAUCGCGCGUGCCCUCGAUACGGAGGAGGGAAAUAUUAUUGAGCACCGAGAUUACCUCAAACUGGAAGAAGAGAAACGUGCUCGUGCUCGUGUAGUUCGAACUGCCCUUGAGGGUCCGGUGUUGCGAUGGAUUAGCCGGAAAGAACAAGUCAAGGUUGAAGUCAUGCCUCCUGCACCGUCUCCUGCACAAUAUCCAUCGCAGUACGGUUUCGUAUACAAUCCACAUCAAGGAACUUCAUAUUCUGGGACACAGACCUACCAUUCCCCUUUUCGUGCAUACGUUCCAGCACAACCAAAUGCCAUCCAGGCGCCAGAAGCUUCGUCUGCGGCGUCACAAGGCUUGGCCGCUACAUCGCAACCGCAACUGCAACCAUCAACACCAUCUGCAAACAUACCAUCUCAACCAUCAUAUUAUUAUUACCCCGUGCAGCCCCCACCAGCUCUGCCUCCAGCGCAAGAAAGAGUCGAUAAUGUUUGCAGGAACUAUGUUGUGCAUGAGCUCUCACAAGAACCGUCAGCAGCCAAACCGCCAUGGAAAGAUACCAUGUCAGCUAUGUUUGGUGAUGAGGUCAAAUGGGACGAAGUCCGUGUGUUCACAGGAAAACAACGCCCAUUGAGUCGACCUGUUCGAACUUGUCCAAUCACUGGGACGCCUGCGAACUAUCUAGACCCACGAACGAACGUGCCCUUUGCGAACGUUGCCGCAUUCAAGACUCUGACCAAAAUUUUGUCUCACGACUACGUUUGGAGCGAGGCCUUAGGAUGCUAUGUUACUCGCCAUGAAAAGCCUAACAAUGAUGUUGAUGAACCUAUGGACGGAACCACGACAAAGCGCAGAAGAGUGGACGAUCAAGAUGCGCAAGUCAACGACGGUUAACCGUCUAUAUCACUGCACUCGAUACGAUCCAAGCCCCUCCGACGAGAACAAGACUUCUUACCGACAAUCGUUUACUAUCCCAACGAUCGCGUAUCAGCACUCUAUGCGCGGCACACUGUUACUGCAGUGACCUGACAUUCCCGUAAUUCCUUGAUGAGUAGGUCGGUUAUCAGCUGGAG